GCGAUGCCAAUUCACAAAAAAAAAGGCACACAAACUCGCGAGGUAUGAAGUCAGUCGCAUCUUGAAGGCACGGAGAAGAUUACACCUCUCGUCCCCAAGACACGAGGCCCGAGACUGAGAGCACCUCGACGACGAUUGUCGACCUGAAAAAACCUAACCCCACCCCCCUCUCCUCUUCCUCCCGCCGCCGUCCCUCAACGCCCACUUCUCUCUCUCUCAUAACAGAUUAUAGAGGUAUGGAGCCUGGCCCGAUAGAGGCCACUGUUUUGAGCGGACAGAAACGGCAUCGGUCCACUUCAGUAUGGUCUGCUGGGUCGGGUGCUGAUUCUACUACCCUUACUGUUCGUCGUCGCGAGGCUGCUCUCCGACGCAUGGGUUUGCCAGAUGAUCGAAUCAUCCCUCUAGUACAGGCGGCUGGAUUUGGAGGUCUAUUUCGAGUGCCAUUCAUCCAGUUGGAUUGGCAUCUCAUUACUGCACUAGUGGAAAGGUGGCGGCCCGAGACUCAUACGUUUCAUAUGAGACCUGGAGAGAUGACCAUUACACUCCAGGAUGUUAGCAUUCAAUUGGGUCUACCCAUUGAUGGUAAACCGGUUACUGGUUCUAUCAAUUAUGAUUGGGAUGCGUUGUGUCGUAAUUUGCUUGGUGUGGCCCCCCCUGCUGGGAAACGGGAUGGGGGUAGGGUGAGUAUGAAAUGGCUCGAUGAAGCAUUUGGGGUGCUACCAUUGGAUGCUGAUCCUAUUGCAGUGGAGCAACAUGCUAGAGCAUACAUCCUGCGCCUUAUUGGGGGGACCAUAUUUGCAGACAAGUCCUCUAGUCUAGUUCAUCUUAUGUUCCUCCCCCUACUAGAGGACUUUAAUACUGCUGGGGAAUAUAGUUGGGGAAGCGCAGCUCUAGCAUGCUUAUAUAGGGAGCUAUGUCGUGCAUCCAUUGCUGAUAAGUUAGAGGUAGGUGGUUUCAUGCUCCUUCUUCAGGUAUGGGCAUGGGAGAGGUUUCCUCAUAUUUCUCCACGUCGUUUGGGAAAGUUUCAGAUACCAGAUGGUCCUCUUAUCACACGGUGGCACGAUAGGUUUCAGGUUACUGACCUGCCCACUCAUGUCUUACGGGAGUACCGCUACACCUUUGAUAGACAAACAGACGAUCAAGUGGUGUGGCAAUCAUAUCCACCUCGUGUCGUCGAUGCACUCCCCCCAUACUGUCGGGCUGGUUCAGACAUAUGGUUGACAAGUUCGCCACUUAUUUGUUUUGCCAUUAUAGAGAUGCAUCAGCCAAAUAGGGUACUCCGGCAAUUUGGCAUGCACCAACCUAUUCCAUCCCCUUCUCGGUCACUUGAUGCACCCCACGGUGUUGAUUUGAGAGGGGGAGCGAAAGAUUGGGCACAAACCCAUGGACCAUCAAUUGCCAUGUGGGAUAAUCGGCGAGAUCACAUUGUUCAAGGUGAGGCAUAUGAUGGUGUUAUGCAUCACGAUGAUGCGUAUAAGGAGUGGUAUCAACGUCACACGCGCCAAUUCAUCGGUCGCCUAGGCUGCUCAUUUGAGAAAAUGGAAAAAAACUUGGAACAGAUUUAUCAUCUCUUGGGUGAGAAUUCAGAGGCCUGUGUCCUAGCUCACGACACACUUGCGCUAUUUAAGGAGCAACAAUCCUACUUUAGGAUUGCUCCGCUACCGCCACCAGCAGUAGCAACACCGACACCUCUAGAACCGCAAGAAGUAGCACUUGCAUUAGCACCGCCACCAACACCACCAGCUGGAACAACAGAACCACCUACUGAACAAUCAGCUGCAAUCGAAGAACCACCACCAUGUGUAACAAUAGAAUUGCCAGAACCUGUACCACCCAAUGCAUUAAAUGAAGUGGGCACUCAAGGAGCAGAAGGGGUAACUAAGAUGGGGAACGCCAGUCAACCCAUCUCAUGGCCUUCCGAUUCCAUUGUGACCCAAAGUUGGGUGAUUUCACUAAUGGAUACUUUGGACUGGGGAUCUAGACAUCUAUCCCCUUCAGAAUUCCCUUCUUUAUUACCCAUCCAAGUGUUUGACAGUUUGGUACUUUCUGCGUCCAAAAUUCUUCAUAAGGAGCCCAAUUGUGUUACCAUUGACGGGUUGGGUGACAAUUCGAGCGUUGUAGUGGUUGGAGACAUUCACGGGCAAUUGCAUGAUUUGAUUUUCCUGCUACGAGAUGCCGGUUUUCCUGCGGAUAACAAGGUUUUUGUUUUCAAUGGAGAUUACGUGGAUAGAGGGGCAUGGGGUCUUGAGACCUUCCUUCUCUUAUUGGCCUGGAAGGUUUCUAUGCCACAUAAGGUUUAUCUUCUUCGGGGAUAUCAUGAAUCAAAAUACUACACUUCGGUUUAUGGGUUUGAAAAGGAAGUGUUAACGAAGUACGGAGAUGAAGGAAAACACGCCUACCAGAAAUGUUUGGGAUGCUUUAAAGGACUUCCUUUGGCUUCGAUUAUAGCAGGGCGUGUUUACACUACCCAUGGAGGUCUUUUCCGCUCUGUAGCCACUACGCCCUCAAAGAGAUCUAAAGGAAGGAAGAUUCGUAAAGUGAUUAUCGACCCUGGAGCAAGUUCUCUCGCUCUUGGUUCCAUGGAGGAUUUAUCUAAAGCUAGGAGAACUGUACUCAAUCCUUCGUGGGAAGGUCUAAACUUGAUUCCUGGGGAUGUUCUGUGGUCAAACCCGUCAAUGAACCCUGGUCUUUCUCUAAAUAAAAAGCGAGGCUUUGGUCUUUUGUGGGGCCCAGACUGUACUGAAGAGUUCUUAAAGAACUCCAAUCUAAAGCUAAUUAUUAGAUCACAUGAAGGUCCUGACGCAAGGAAAAAGCGGCCGGAUCUAGGAGGAAUGGAUGAAGGGUACACAAUAGAUCAUGUUGUAGAGUCUGGGAAACUGAUUACUCUGUUCAGUGCUCCUGACUAUCCCCAGUUCCAGGCAACUGAAGGACGGUACAAGAAUAAAGGCGCUUACAUUGUUCUAGAACCUCCUCAUUUUGAUUCUCCAGUGUUUCACAGUUUUGAAGCAAUUACUCCUAGACCUACGGCAAAUCCUUAUUACGACUACAAGGAUGUGAUUGACUCCGUUGAAGAAUUGGACUAGGCAUCAAUGGUGUCAUGACCUUCCUGAAAGAGUUCAUCACCAUCCAAUAUUGAAGUUGACCAUCACUGACUCUCUCUCUCUCUCUCUCUCUCUCUCUCUCUCUCUCUCUCUCAGUUUGGUUAUUCUGGUGUUAGGAAUCGAUUUGGUCUGUAUUAUGUUUUUCCUUUUCUUCUUUAUGAGUUCGAUGGGCUUUUGUUGGAUUGUAUUGGGGUAUUAUGCAAAUUUUAGGUUCUGUUGAUAUAGGAACUUGAGACCAUUGUAUCAUAUCUUAUGAGUUUAUUAAAAGAGUUGCUAGGGCUGCAA